UUUUAAAUAAGCUGUGUUUCAACUUCUACAGAAGUUUAAACUCUUAUUUACUUUUCUGUUUAAUGGGUAUGUUAUCUACUUACUUGAAAUAUUACAUCUAUUACAAAUCUAUUUUUCAUUAAAAACAACCCUAUGUGAUGAAAAUGUAAAUGUACUUUCAAAACUGGUAAAUGCAUGAACCAGGGCAUUGACACUGGUUGGAGAGAAAUUAUAGGCUUUGUUUAAUUAAUACCUAUUUCAUUUUAGGCUUCUACUGAUAAUGGAGAGUAGAAACAACAAGAAGUGCGUUAUUUGUAAUAAGAGGCGAAGUCGUGGUGGAUCACCCUUACUUUUGAGUAGGUUUCCUCUGGAUUCUGACCGUUGUCGAAUGUGGGUUAAAAAUGCUGGCUUAGAAGACUUAGCAUAUGUACCUAUUGAAAAGUUACACCAACUGAAGUUUGUUUGUGGUGGGCACUUCACUCCUGAAUCCUUCAAUGCCAAAGGAACUCGGCUGAAGAACUCAGCUAUUCCAACACUGGAAUUGAGCAAUCCCAUCUUGCCAGAUGAAGUUUUGACAGAGUUUCCUCUUCAUGUAAAAGACUCCAAUAAAGAAAACCUCAAGACAGUUCUUUAUGAUCAUUCAUAUUGCAUUCCAAAGAAGUCAAAUCCAGUUGAACGAGUUCCCCUUACAACUACAACCAAACAACUAAAUUCAACAUGUUUGGGAGCUGUGGAUAUACCAGAUUCUGGUAUUUCUGCGAAAACAACUUUUGAACCUCUUCCUUCUACUUCCAAUGCACCAGAACAUAUGACCUAUAAACCCAUUACUCAUGAUGAUAAAAACAUUUGCCAUCAAGAUGCACAGGCAGAAAUAUUAGUCCACAGUUAUAAAAGACCUAAGAAAAACAUUGAAAUGAAAGACACUUCAUCAACAUUUACAAUUAAAGAGAAGAGGCUUUGGCGACAGUUACAAAAUGCAAAAAAAAACAAUAAGGAAUAUAGCGAAGGUAGUUGCAGAAGAACACAACAGAAAUUUUUUAAAUAUUAAAAAACUGAAUAGUACCAUUGUAAAUCCAACAUUCAAAACUAAGAUGAGGGUGAAGUAUGCUGCGCAUGCUCUGAGUAAUACCGUGGCAGCUAUUUUAAAAAUGAUGGCAUGGAAAGAAGUUUCUGAUUGCAAUGAUACAGCAUUUGUGAUUGAACAGUUAGAUAAACUAUUUGAUUGUACAAAUGGUCCAUCAUCUUUAAAUGACGUAAAGAAAGGGAUCCGGGAAAAUGUUUCCACAUCAAGUAAUCACAUUGAGUCUUGGACCUUUUAUACUGAUAAGUUAAAAACCAUAAAAUUUAUAACAGCAGAAAACACGAUACAAAAAAAUGUUAAAUGCGUAAAGGGAUAUCAAAUAUCUAUCAAAUCCUUAAACGAUAUUUGGGAAAAGUUAAAGAAUGAAGGGUUUAAAUAUAUGAACCUUAGACAGUUUAACCAAGACUCUCUGGAAAACUUAUUUGGAAUCAUUAGGCAACACAGUGUAAGCAAUAGAAAUCCCACUAUCACGCACUUUACUGCAGCGCUUAAAACAAGCAUGGUUACUGGGCUGAAAGUGCCUCAUAGCAGAAGUGCUAAUUGUGAAGCAGACAACAAUAAACAUAUGCUGGAAUAUAAAGACAUUUUAAAAACUAAUUUAAAAACAACAGAAAUAAAAAUUAAUGUUCAAGAUUCCACAGACACUGAAUUUUAUCCUGUGUUGUCUAUCCCGGACCCUGAAAACUUAGAACAGCCCAUUGAAAAUUUGUGUAGCCUUGAAAACCAACCAGUAGUAUAUGUAAGCGGGUAUUUAGCUGCCAAACUAUUACAGAACAGUUCUUGUUUAAUUUGUGAAGAGUGUUUGAGCGUGAAAACUCCUGUUGACAAUGAUUUGUAUGCAUAUAUAUCUCUUCGCGAAUGGUGGCAUGAUAAAAAAAGUCUCGUUUAUCCAACAAUUCAAUUAUGUACCACCGUAAAUGAAGCUAAACAAUUUUAUCAUGACCAUAUUGCCGACCAGAUAUAUAUGGAAAAUGUUGGAAAAUUCAUUUUCUUAAUGUUGAGUACAAAUUGUAAUUUUAGUUGGUUUAAAUGUCAACAACAUAAUAAAGAAAUUUAUGAUAAGAUGUUUAAAAUAUUAAGUUACCUUUUUCUAAGAAAAAGUUGUAAAAUCAUUAAUGACAGCUUCAUAAAAAGUGAAAACAAUUUUGCUGACAAAAGUAAAAAAGCACAGCAACAAAGCAUUGAAAAGUAAUCUUGAGGCUGAGGUUCGAUCAGCUGAUAAGAAAAUUAAAGAUGUUUAUAAAUAAAAAUCCUAUUUUUUCUUAGAAAAAGUUGUGAAAAUAAAAGUUUACAAAAUUAUCAUUUCUGUACUUUGUUAUAAUUUUCAAUAAUUCCUCAU